AUGGCAGCGACAGGACCUUUGUAUAUGGGCUUCGACCUUUCCACACAACAGCUGAAAGGCGUUGUUGUAGACUCACAACUCAAGCACAAGCAUGAGGCCAAAGUCGACUUUGACGCCGACUUGGGCGAGAAGUACGGCAUUGAGAAGGGUGUUUUGACAAACCCUUCAGAAGGCGAGAUCUACGCGCCAGUAGGCAUGUGGCUGGAAGCUGUAGACUUGGUCUUGUCAAGACUACGAGAGGACGGUCUUGAUUUCUCACGCGUGAAGGGCGUGUCCGGAGCUGGCAUGCAGCAUGGAACCGUUUUCUGGAGUCAACAAGCUGAGAGCCUUCUCUCAAGUCUGGACGCAAAAAAAUCGCUCGUCGAGCAACUGGAACCCAGCGCAGAGAAGGAUGAGCGUGAAGGCGCAUUCAGCCACCCUCACAGUCCCAACUGGCAAGACCACUCGACUCAGAAGCAGUGCGAUUUGUUCGACGCCGAGCUCGGAAGCCCAGAGACUCUGGCCGACGUGACUGGUAGCGGUGCUCACCACCGUUUCAGUGGCCCUCAGAUUAUGCGAUUCAAGGCCAAGUACCCAGAGCACUACAAGGAGACUUCUCGCAUUUCGCUCGUCUCAUCGUUCCUUGCAUCAGUCUUCCUCGGCAAAUUUGCACCCAUCGACAUCAGCGAUGUCACCGGCAUGAACUUGUGGCACAUCGAGCAGGGCAGAUGGCACGAGAAGUUACUCACUCUGGUAGCAGGAGGCUCGGACGGUGUAUCUGAACUCAAGCACAAGCUCGGCCAUGUUCCUGAGGACGGGGGUGCCAGUUGCGGUCACAUCAGCAACUACUUCGUGCAGCGCUAUGGCUUUGCUCAGGACUGCAACGUUGUUCCCAUGACUGGAGAUAACCCUGCAACUAUCCUUGCUCUUCCCCUUCAGGCUUCAGACGCUAUGGUGUCCCUCGGCACUUCAACCACUUUCCUCAUGAGCACACCACAGUACAAGCCUGAUCCCGCAUACCACUUCAUGAACCACCCCACAACCGCUGGUCUGUAUAUGUUCAUGCUGUGCUACAAGAACGGCGGUCUUGCUCGCGAACACGUCCGUGAUGCCAUCAACGGCAACAAGACCGAUCGCUCAUGGGACAAGUUCAACGAAGUUGCCCUCUCCAACCCUCCCAUGAACCAAAAAUCUUCCUCCGACCCCAUGCGCAUGGGUCUCUACUUCCCUCGCCCAGAAAUCGUACCCAAUGUCCGCGCCGGCCAAUGGCGCUACGAGUACAACUCAUCCUCCAACAAGCUCAACGAGACCUCCGCCGAGCAGAGCGUAGAUGCAGACGCUCGCGGAAUCGUAGAGUCACAAAUGCUGUCUCUGCGUCUGCGUUCCGCAGCUCUGGUCUCUGGCCACGAGAUCGAUGGUAAAAAACUACCUCCCCAACCUCGUCGUGUGUACCUUGUUGGCGGCGGCUCUGCAAACCCCGCCAUCGCACGUAUCAUUGGCGAUGUCUUGGGAGGAGCAGAAGGUAUCUACAAACUCGACAUUGGCGGCAAUGCCUGCGCUUUGGGCGGCGCCUACAAGGCUGUUUGGGGCUGCGAGCGCCGUGGCAAGCAGACCUUUGAGCAACUGGUCGAAGAGCGCUGGGACGAAGAUGCUUUUGUCAAGAGAGUUGCUGAUGGCUACGUCCCUGGUGUCUUUGAGAAGUACGGAGAAGCUCUCAAGGGCUUUGAGGCCAUGGAGAAGGAAGUCGUCGCAUCCACCAACUCGGGCGCCGCAGACAAUGGAGGUGUUGUCAUGAAGAAUGAGAAGGGUCAGGGCGCAGACAACUAG